UCCUAGCUCUUAAUUUUAUCUAAAUUUAAGCCAAUAUUGUAUGUGAUUUGAUUUCAGGGAGGACUGUUUGAAGUUGGCAUAACAUCUGUAAGACGGCCACAGACCUAUUUGAUAAAAAGACAUUUCUUCAAAUAUAUGAACAGACUUUUGAACUUAUUCGACCAGCAAAGGUUUGAAGUGGUAGGAGGUGAAAGGUUAUGUGCGGAAUGGGUGUUGAAAUGUGGGGGACGUCUACGCUGGUCUGAUUCUGACAAAUGGUUGACUGACUACAAUAACUUACCAUCGGAGAAAGCGACAAAUAUUCUCACAAUCCAAGAUAUUGAUGUGUCUGGGACUGUUGUUAUGAACGUAGGGUUUAGACAUUUGUGGCAUGUAAAAGACUUAAAGUCAUUUAAGAUGCAUGACUGCAAGUAUUUAGAUGACAACAGUUUAAAACAGCUCCAGUAUACGGCUAAUAGUCUUCAGCAUCUACAAGUUAGUGCCAAUAAGAAUAUUACAGAUACUGGCUUGUUUCAUCUCGUUAAACUUGUAUUUUUAACAGAUUUACAUUUAAAAGAUUUACCAGCAGUUAAAGACAAGAAAGGCACUUACGAACAGUUACAGAAGGCAUUACCAAAAUGUGACAUUUUGUUUCCAGAUAUUGAUGGUUCAAAUGUUGACUGACAUGUGUUGAUGAGACAGCCUAUAGCAUUUUAAGUGUGGUUUUUCAAGGGUUGUUCCCCUUGGUCACAUUUGCAACAUGUGAUUCAGAGAGCAUUUAAAUAUAUUAGUAAUGAAGAGUAUUUAAAGUGAGACAGUUUAAGAUAUGUGGUAUAUUUUAUGGCUUUUCUAUAAAGAUU